UCAACAAUUGUCAUUACAGUCACUGUAUUCCCAGUGGUCAAGGAGCAGUGAAGGAUUGAGGAUUCGUAAAGUUGGCCCAAUUCAAAACGACAAUCCUUAUUAGUUUACUUUAAUGAACCGACCGUCUUUUGGAAUACAAAGGCUAAUCCCCUCUACUAGGAUAACGAGUCAUAUCUAAUCCCCAUUAUCCAACCCUAUUAUACAACCUGAAUAGUUAUCUGUUAAUGAGCCAUCCUUAGCGGAAUGCUGCAAACAGAAAAAUUCCGCUUUUCACGGAACCAACAGAUGAGUAUAAAUACUAGCAGGGAUCCCACGAUUGAAAGCAAGACGAACGGUAAGCAAGACGAACGGUAGGCAAGACGAACGGUAAGCAAGGAUGAAGCUCAGUCUAUUAUUCACGUUAGCGAUUGGAUUAGUGAAUGCUAACCAAAUACACCAUGAAUCGGGGGAUAAGUUUAUUUAUCAAUCGAGUGAUGGGACCCAGGAACCAACUUUAGAAGAUAUGUGGGGGUCAUUAUGGCCGUUUCAAGGGAUCAAUACGUUUGCCCAUUUGGAACACACCGAAUGUUUAAUUGAUAGUGAAGCCAAAUACGAUGUUGCGUUAAUUGGGGUACCAUUCGAUACUGCGGUAUCUUAUAGACCGGGGGCCAGAUUUGGACCAAGAGCCAUUAGAUCAGCCCUGCAAAGACAAACGUCAUUAAGAGGAUGGAAUCAACGAGCCAAUUAUAAUCCGUACCAAUCGUGGGCCAAAGUUAUUGAUUGUGGAGAUGUCCCCGUUACACCAAUGGAUAAUAAUUUGGCAUUCAAGCAAAUGGAUGCAGCAUUUGAAGAGUUAUUGGUUCGUAGACAAAAUUCAAAUGAUACCACUGAAUUACCACCAAAGUAUGUUGCUCUUGGAGGAGAUCACUCAGUUCUCUUACCCCAUUUAAGGGCAUUACAUAAGGUUUAUGGUCCAAUUAAUGUAAUUCAUUUUGAUGCUCAUUUGGAUACUUGGGCUCCAGAUAAGUAUCCGUCAUUCUGGCACUCUGACCAAAGUGAAACCACUCAUGGGUCGAUGCUAUGGAAGGCAUUCAAAGAAGGAUUAACCACCGAACAUAACGUGCAUGCCGGGAUAAGAACCAAGCUUUCCGGGUUGGGAGAUUAUGAAAGUGAUGAUCAACAACAUUUCACUCGAAUUUUAGCCGACGAUAUCUGGUUAAAGGGCCCCCAAUACGUUAUUGAAAAAAUCUUACUGAUUGUACCUGCUAACACCCCCACCUACUUAUCGGUUGAUAUUGAUGUGUUGGAUCCUGGUUUUGGCAGCGGGACCGGGACCCAGGAACCUGGGGGAUGGUUACCGAGAGAAUUAAUACAUGUUUUAAGAAACCUCGAGAGUUUAAACGUUGUUGGGGCCGAUAUUGUUGAAGUUGCCCCUGCUUUUGAUAACGCCGAGAUCACUGCUACCAAUGGGGCCCAAGUGGCAUUUGAAAUCAUCACUUCGAUGGUUAAAAGAGGUUACGUUGAACUGAAUCACAACGCGGAACCGGACAACUUGAUCACCUUCAGUCAAGACGAGAGUAUGGUUGACCAGUUAAAGUUGAAAUUAGAACAGGUCGAACAGUUGAAGAAUGAGUUAUCGCAAGAAUUGGCAAAUAUUAAGCAGAGAAUAGUUUACUAAAUAAACAAUAUGUAUUAAAGAUUAAUGUAUAUAUGAAGACAUUCAGAUUGAUAACCAACUGAGUCGACAAAAAAGUAUCAAUAUGCAAUCGCUGGCGAGUCUUAUAAAUAAACUUCAUUUAUAGAUAGACUCUUCCUAGUUAGCAGCAUGAACGAAACGAAAUAAACGAAGGAAACAAAAAAAUUAAAACAAAAUUAAAAAAAAAAAUGAAUUAUGACUGAAAAAGCUUUCAAAAUUUUAGGUAUUAUUUUUAUAGU